GCUAGGUUAGCCAUAGAGAGGUUAUGUUUUAUAUGUGUGUUGCAAUUUGUGGUUAUGUCGUUAUAUGUUGGUUUUUCACAAUUUUAUAAUUUGGCUUUGAAGUAUUCAUUUUCAACUGUAUAUAAAUGCAGUAAUCUCUGAGUGCAGUUAAGUGUCCUUGGAUUCUGUGUUAGACAAGUAAACCGAAUGUAAUUUAACAUAAACUUAUGUCCAUGUUCAUCAUUUUAUAUAUUUAUAUGGAUUUACUAAUCUUCACAUGUUAGUAUACUGGUAUCGCGAUAAUUCAAUAAAAGUAUUUUGAAUAUAAAACGUAAGAAAUAGAAAAAUGGGUCAAAAAAAGAAAAUUGGAAAACAGCGAAAAGAUAAAUACUACCAGCUCGCGAAAGAAACAGGUUUAAGAUCCCGUGCGGCCUUCAAACUAAUUCAAUUAAAUCGCAAGUUCGAAUUUUUGCAAAAAUCGCAAGUAUGCAUCGACCUAUGUGCUGCACCAGGUGGAUGGAUGCAAGUUGCCAAACAGAAUAUGCCAGUUUCAAGCAUUGUAGUUGGCAUAGAUCUGUUUCCAAUCAAACCCAUUCCUGGUUGUAUAAGUUUAACAGAAGACAUAACGACUGAAAAAUGCCGAGUAGCAUUAUCAAGAGAGUUGAAAACCUGGAAAGCAGAUGUUGUACUUCAUGAUGGUGCUCCGAAUGUUGGUAGAAACUGGUUACAUGAUGCCUACCAACAAGCUUGUUUAACACUUAGUUCUCUGAAGUUAGCUUCGCAGUUUCUCAGGAAAGGAGGAUGGUUCAUUACUAAAGUAUUCAGAUCAAAAGAUUAUCAUGCACUCAUAUGGGUUUUGAAACAACUUUUCAAAAAAGUACACGCAACAAAACCUCAGGCAUCACGUACGGAAUCUGCAGAAAUUUUUGUAGUAUGUCAAUAUUACAUUGCUCCAGAUAAAAUAGAUCCAAAGUUCAUGGAUCCAAAGUAUGUGUUUGAAGAAUUAGAAAUUGAACCCAAAAAUAAGCUUAAUGUUUUUCACCCUGAAAAGAAAAAGAAAGUGAAAGCUGAUGGAUAUCCUGAAAACGAUUACACUUUAUAUACCAAGUUGAAGGUAUCAGACUUCAUUAAACAUGAAAAUGGAAUUGAUAUAUUGCAAAAUGCUUCUGAGAUUGUAUUUGAUGAUACAGAUAUACUUAAUAACGAAAAAACCACUCCUGAAAUCAAGGAAUGUGUAAAGGAUAUAAAAGUUCUUGGUAGAAAAGACCUUCGUAAUCUGUUGACUUGGCGAAAGUUUUUCCAUGAUGAAUAUGUGAAACAGCAGACUGAUUCAGAAGAAAAAAAUGAAAUUGAUGGUGAUCCAAAGGUGAAAAAGGAUGACUGUGGAGAUAGUAAUGAUGACGAUAAUGACUUAAAACAAGUGGAUCAACAAAUUACUGAAUUACAAGAAGGUGAAUAUCGUGAACAGAAACGCAAAAAAAAGAAAGUUCAGAAAGAACGGAGGAAACUCAAUGAACGUUUGAAUCUAAAAAUGAUUUUGAAAAAUGAUGAUGGACCAACAAUGGUAGGUGAUGAUAUGUUUUCAUUAAAGCAAGUAAAGGAUUCUACAAAGAUGAAAAAAAUCAUCGAUCAAACACCUGAUACAGUGGCACAAUCAGAUGGAGAAUCAGAUGACGAAAGAAAAAUUCCAAAAUAUACAAAAUAUGAAAAAGGACAAGGUCAUUUGGAUAGUUCAGGAACUUAUUAUAAGGAUUCUGACUCUGAGCUUGAAUAUGAAACUGAGAAUGAAGAUGAAGAGAUUAAAGAAGGACUAGGACUGGGAGAGGAAGAGAGUGGUGAUGAUUCACCUAAGAAGAGAGUAAAAAUAAAUUCUCAGAAAAAAAGUAAAACAAUGGAGGAACAUCCUCUCAUCACCGAUUUAGACUAUAGAGACAAAGAAAAAAAGAAAGCCCAUAAAGCAGAACUCUGGUUCGAUAGAGUUGCUUUCAAAAAUCUUAUUGAUGAAAAGGAUGAGGAUGCAGAUUUGGAUAGAAUGGUGGAGAAUUUCAAGAAAAAAGGAGGCAAAGUUAUUGGAGAGGAAAUAGGAGAUUUGAAUAAACAAAGUAGGAAAGUUAGCAAGAAAGAUCUUCGGGAAGAAUCAGAAGACAGCGACUACAACUCUGAAGAAAAAGAAGGUGCUGAUAGUGAUGAUACAGGUAGUGACUCAGAUUACGACGUAGAGAAAGAAUUUCAUGUUCCAGUUAACAAUACAAAAAAAGAUGGAUUUGAAAUCGUAAAAUCAACAGGUAAAAAACGAAAACAUAAAUUGAGCUCAGAAGAAUUGGCCCUUGGAAGUGUUAUAGUCAACAGCAAAAAGGCAAAACGAGAUCUUGUGGAUGCCGCUUGGAACAGAUACACGUUUAAUGAUGAUAAUUUGCCAGACUGGUUUGUUAAAGAAGAAGAGAAACAUAUGAAAAGGGAAGUUCCGGUUCCAAAGGAAUUAGUUGACGAAUAUAAUAAAAAAUUGGAAGAUAUAAAUGUGAGACCCAUCAAAAAGGUUAUUGAGGCAAAAGCAAGAAAGAAGAAACGUGCAUUGAAGAAAUUAGACAGAGCCAAGAAGAAAGUUGAGGCACUUAUGGACAAUGUUGACGUAACUGAUCGUGAAAAAGCUAAACAGAUAAGACAGUUAUACAAGAAGGCUAAACAGGAGCCCAAGAAGGAGGUGACAUAUGUUGUAUCGAAGAAACAUAUGGCUGCAAAAAGAGUUCAGAGACCAAGUGGAGUUAAAGGUCAUUAUAAGGUUGUAGAUGCAAGGAUGAAGAAAGAUUUGAAAGCACAAAAGAAGAAGAUGAAGACUAUGGGAAGGGGAAGAAAAAGUAAAGGUGCUCGUAAAGGUGGUAGUAAUAACAGUAGUAAAGGCAGGACUCCUAAUAAAAAACAAAGAUAAAUAACAUGAUCAUAGAUUUUGUAAACUUCUAAAUUAUGUUAAUAAAUAUCAACUUAUUUGUUAUGAGUUUA